AUGAGUGGGGCUUUACACACCCGCAUCCGCAUGCCGCUGGAGUCGAUGCCCAAGAAGUACAUAUUUAUCUGUUCCGGAGUUUCCACCAAUCCCUCGAGUCGGUCUCAUCCAGCAUCGGCCAUUUCUAUGAGACCUCUACCGCAAAUGGCCUCGCAAGACAACAUAGCAAUCAACGGGGCCGGUCUCGCAGGGCUCUGCCUCGCCUUGUCCCAUGAGCAGCAGGACAUCCCGUGCCAUAUCUACGAGCUCAGGAAGGCGCCGCUGGAUAUCGGUGGUGCCAUCACCGUCUCGCCAAAUGCCCUCCAGAACCUCGACAAGCUCGGUGUCAACAACUCUCUUCUGCGACAGUCCACUGGCGAGCCUUUUGACACCUACGAGAUCGGCAGCGUGGCCAAGUACGGCUACCCCGGCCUGCAGAUUCAUUGCUAUAUCUUGAACAAGGGGCUCCUCACACAAUGCACGCAGAAGGGAAUCCCGAUCAUGUUCGGCACAAUAUUUAGCCGGAUUGUAUCAGAGUCCGAGGCUGGUGUUACCUGGGAGCUCAACAACACCCGUGCCAUCCCGCCGUCUUCGGAACAGGGCGCUAACCAGGUCUUCGAAGACUACUAUACCUAUGCCCUUAUGCACAUUCGGCGCGGGGCUGCCUCUCUCGAUACGGUGCUGUUAAAGUGGCAGCGCGGUCGGCAGGAGCGGAUCGACCGCCUCAUUAUCCUCGCGGAACAGAUGAAUGUCCGCAGGUUGCCCAAGGCGAACGAUCAUGGACUCGCGGAACUCGCUGGUACGGAGGACUUCAAUAUGGAGUGGCUGUUUAAACCUGAGUUGGAUAAGAUGGUCAAGGCGUGGCUCGCUGUCUGA